CCACUCUUCCCAUAUCGAGUCCCAACCCAAAAAAACCCAAGGUUCCAAGCCCUGCACCGCUCGAUCCCAAAUCUAUAAUCUCCCAAAUCACACAAAAACCUCAAACAAGUAACCAAACACAAACCUGAGCUCCAUAAAAAUAUCACAUUUUGCCACUGCUUGAUUGGACCGAGGCAAAGAAGGACAGAGAGACAGAGAGAUAUGGAGGAGCAGGAGCAAGAGCAUGAGGUCUACGGCGGAGAGAUCCCCGGCGACGACGGUGACAUGGACGCCGACAUCGACAUGUCGUCUAGGCAUGAUGACGACCAAGGUUACGACGACGCUAACUCCAAGGAGUUGGAGGACAUGAAGAAGAGGCUCAAGGAGAUGGAGGAAGAGGCCGGAGCUCUUCGCGAUAUGCAGGCCAAGGUCGAGAAGGAGAUGGGCGCUGUUCAAGAUUCCUCCAGUGGUUCUGCAACCCAAGCUGAAAAGGAGGAGGUGGAUUCAAGAUCUAUUUAUGUUGGUAAUGUUGACUAUUCAUGUACUCCUGAGGAAGUCCAGCAGCAUUUUCAAUCAUGUGGAACGGUGAACAGAGUUACAAUUUUGACUGACAAAUUUGGUCAGCCAAAAGGAUUUGCUUAUGUUGAGUUUGUUGAAGUUGAUGCUGUUCAAAAUGCUCUUCUGUUAAAUGAGUCAGAACUGCAUGGUCGUCAAUUGAAGGUCUCUGCUAAGCGUACAAACAUUCCUGGGAUGAAGCAGUACCGAGGAAGGCGACCUAACCCAUAUUUUCGAUCCAGAAGGCCCUUCGUGCCUGCUGCCCCUUUCUAUCCUGCAUAUGGUUAUGGAAGGGUUCCAAGGUUCAGGCGGCCGAUGCGCUUCAGACCAUACUAGUGAUGAAUGUUAAAAUAUUGGGGUGGUCAGCACUGUGGGAAGACCAUUACUCAAAAAAAAAAAAAAAAAAAAAGUCAUAUCUUCAGUACUUUAGUCUGGAUGAAAGAACCUGUAUCAUCAUUUGCAUGGAAAAAUUCCAACUUGAUUCUUUCUCAAAAUUGUAGCAUGCCAGGGAGGAGGGAGGAAUAAGUUUAUGCUUUGACUUGAUUUGUGGAGGGUAUAAUAGAGGUUGCAUGCAUCUACCUACUUUAGAGAGGAUAAAAGGAGGCAAAUUUAUGCAAAUGCAUGUGUUGGAGAUAGAUUCUUAAUUUCUAAAUCGCUAUUUUAGAUUUGUAACUUUUUUAACUUCAGCGUGGAUGAAUUUAAACCAUUAAAGGAUCAUCUUCUUAAAUUUUUGAAUCGACU